GACAACAGACGUUUCAAACAAUUCUUACAAAUUCAUUAAAAAGAAGAUUGAAGAAAAAAAUUAUUUUUUUUAUCAACAGACUAAACGACAGCAAAAAGAGUGAACCAAUUAAUUUAAACCGACAUCGAAUCGCAGAGCCAACAACAUGAAUCGAGAAGCCAAUAACGAGAAUCAAGGAGCCAAUAAUAUGAAUCACUUAACAAAUCAAGGAAGCAGCAACGACGCUAUUAUUGGAACGGCGCAAAGUGGACCACCAGAUGCGUUGGAAAUCACCGAAAAAAUGUCGAAUAAAAGCGAACACAACAGUAUAAGAAAAUUCGAAAUGGACGGAAUAUGUUGCAUGUUGAUGAGUGGUGGUGCGCUAAUAACUCCCCCCCAGAUGAUGGAAGAUGAUGGUGAGAUCGAGAAGUUGAAACAUAGAGUCUAUAAGGCGCUUCAGACUCAGUUUGUCGUAGAGGAUAGGGAACAGUUCAAGAUGGUGAAGACCGCGAGAGAGACCGUUGAGCAGUAUAAGGAACGCAAACUGAGCGAAAUGCGUGAAGCCGGGGAUGGACAACUAAUUGGAAGUAAUCCAAACAUGAGACGUAACAUUCGAGGUUCUAAUGCGCCGGAGGCAACAGCUUCUGAAGAACUGAGGAAGUACACAGAAAAUCGGAUGAAAAACAAUGUUAGUGCCAAGAAGUCGAGAGAUAAGAGGAAGCUUCGUGAUAUCGUAAAUGGUUUUACAAUUAAAUAUUAUCGUGAAGACUCUGAGGCGCGUCAAAACGAGAUGCGAGACGUGGAUGCUAUGAUAAGGAAGAAAAAAAUGGAGUUGAUUUUAAAGGCAGCGCGCAUAAUGGAGGCCGUGCGCGUCCCUUGCUAGUAAGUAGUGGGCAGCUAUUUUAUUUAAAAAAAAAACUAAAAUUAAAUGGUAAGUAUUAUUGAAUGUACUGGAUCCGAGGGGGAACUCACUGCUCAAAAUAUCGCCUUCGGCUCUGUCUGGAAACCUCUCACGC